GGUUGAGAACCAAAUAAACUUGGAGCUGUGGAAGUGUUCUGGGUUGGUGCACCAAAUUGAAAUCCUCCAGGUGUUGCUUGAGUGGUUGGAUUGGCACCAAAACCAAAGUUUGUUUGAUUUUGCAUGAUGUAAGCUUUUAUCACCUUUACUUGCGUGCUUGCAGCAAGGCCCACAGAGAGGCAAUAUAAUAUUCUAUUUCAAGUAUUCAGAUCCUUCAACUUAUCACUAUUUCUUUGGUCAUAUUAUAACGUAAAAUAUUUUCAGAACUAUUAUUUGUAAUGAUAGAGUGUUUUAAUUUACAAUAAAUUUUAAUUUGAGAUUGGAAUAACUGGUAAAAAGUAAUAAUAAUAAAAAUUACAACAUUUUCAAAAUAUUUCUUCAACGGUGUCCUUAACCUCAUAAACUCUUCUAAUUCUUAUGUUCUGCUGUUUCUGUUGUCUAGAGGGUGUCCGGCCGAAUCACUCUUGAUUUGAUGAGUAGUAAGAAUAAUAAGAAGAAUGUUGAGUUUGAGUUGUUUUCUUAAGCUAUUUUAAGGUUAUGUUAACAAAUUGACAAAUUUGAAAAGUUGGAGAACAGCUAUUAUUUGUUUUGAAUUUGAAAGUGUGAAUUACUUUAAAUUUAUCAAACUAUCGAAUAAUGUCUGAUGAUGAAGAAGUACAGUACGUCAAAAAGACGAAAACCAUUCAUUAUGGCUCCCUAGAAGACUCUGAAAAGGAGAGACUAGAAGCUCAAAAUGAAGAAAGCAAUGAUUCAGAUGCUGCCCCUUCUGCAAAUCAAAUACAAGAACCCUCUGAAUAUAUGGAACUAGAAGAUGCUAUGACCAAAGACAAACAAGCCUUACUGGAAGAAUUUGAAAGGCGACGUAAAGCUAGGUCUAUUAAUGUAUCAACUGAUGAUGCAGAAGUAAAGAGAAACUUGCGUCAGCUAGGAGAACCAAUUUGUUUAUUUGGGGAAGGCCCAGCAGACAGAAGAUCAAGAUUGAGAGAUAUAUUAAGCAGAAUAGGUGAAGAUGCAGUAGUAAGAAGGGAAGCUGAAGAAGAAAGAAAGUUAUUUGAAAAAGACCAAGAAACAACAUGGUACCAUGAAGGUCCAGAUACUUUGAGAAUUGCCAGACUGUGGUUAGCUGAGUAUUCACUUCCAAGGGCCAAAAAUAGAUUAGAAGAAGCCAGAAAAAUGGUGGAUAUUCCAGCUGCUACCAAGACUGCCAAAUCUCAAGAGCUACAGAAAAAAAUUCAAGCCAUGUCAAUUUACUCUAGUCAGAUUGGUGAUACCAGACCAAUUUCUUAUUGCCAAUUCAGUCCAAACUCACAACUAUUAGCUACUGCUUCCUGGAGUGGUCUGUGUAAAGUUUGGUCAGUACCUAACUGUGAACUAGUACAAACUCUCAAAGGUCAUACUUGUAAUGUUGGAGCUAUUGUAUUCCAUCCAAGAGCCACUAUAAGUCAAGAAAAUAACAUUUGCAAUAUGGCUUCAUGUGCAGCAGAUGGAUCUGUUAAACUAUGGGAUUUUACAAGUGAGGAACCAAUAGCAGACAUAGAGGGUCACAUGCCUCACAGAGUUUCAAGAUUGAGGUUCCACCCAUCAGGAAGAUUUCUAGGAACAUGUUGCUAUGACAACUCUUGGAGGUUAUGGGAUUUGCAGCAGUGCACUGAAGUGCUUCAUCAGGAGGGCCAUGUCAAACCAGUUUACUGCAUUUCAUUCCAGUGUGAUGGUUCUGUCUGUGCUACAGGAGGCUUGGAUGCCUUCGGCCGCGUCUGGGACUUGCGCACCGGCCGGUGCAUAAUGUUCAUGGAGGGCCACCUCAAAGGCAUCCUCGGCAUCGACUUCUCUUCCGACGGCUACCACAUCGCUACCGCCAGCGAGGACAAUACCUGCAAAAUCUGGGACCUCCGGAAGCGGGCCAUUCUCUACACCAUACCCGCGCACACGAACCUCAUCUCCGAGGUGAAGUUCCAGAAAGACACGGGGAGCUACCUGGUGACCGCUUCCUACGACAAUACGAUCAAGUUCUGGACGAACAGGACCUGGCAGCCCCUGAAGACGCUGUCGGGGCACGACGGUAAGAUCAUGUCGGUAGAUGUGUCGCCUGAUGACCAGUACAUAGCGAGUAGCUCAUAUGAUAGGACUUUUAAGUUUUGGACGCCUGAAAUUUCGCAGUAGUUUUAUUUAAUAAAUUUAUUAUUUUAUGUACAACUUGGUAUUAUUUACAUGGUAUAUUUCAAUAUAAAGG